GCAUGAGCCAGGGUGCUUGUUGAAUGCCUCGGUCUCAACAGUGAUUCACGGCACCCCACGACUUCACCUCUCAAUAUUUGCUUUAUAAGUCUGAUCCUCUAUUUUUUCCAUUUUCAAUUUGCCAAUUUCCCAUUUUCUUUCAAGAGUCUCCCACUUGAGAACAAACACAGUCCAAGUCAGCUUGCAAUCCAUACUAAGCGGCUCUAUCCGCACAAACAUCUGGCCCUGUCUCAAUCACAAGCUAUUCUCAAGGGUUGAACAAAGAACUGCCCGCGCGCAUAGACAGCACUAUAAUACCAUGGAGACCAAACCAGGGGAUCUUGAAGGUCUCGCAGAGACCUCAAGCAAGGUUAUCCAGAAAGAAGCAGGAACUGUGCCAGCCUUAGCAUCGAAAGACCCCGCACCAACGACAGCAACACCUUCACAGAAAGAUGUCGCAUCCACAGAAGAAGUCCCAGACCCGGAUGAGGAUGAUUUGGAUGACUUAGAUGACAUGCUCGACGAAUUUACACCUUCCAAACCCGAACCACCCCCCUCAGCAAGCAAGCCCACCAAAGCACCCACAGCCACCGACCCAAUCGCAGAUGGAAUCUCAGAUGAAGACUUCGCGCGACAACUGCAAGCCGGGAUGGCAGAGCUGAUGGGCGAGCUAGAGACUUCUCCAGACAUGCAAUCACAACUCGAGCAAAUGCUCAAGGAACUCGGUGGUGUAGCAGCGCUCGACGCAACUGCCACUGCAGUAGUCUCGUCCUCAUCCCCAUCUACAGUUACAGCUACGAAAGAAACAUCAAGCUCGUCUAAAGCAGCGCCCGCCAAAGCAGGACCAAGCGAUGAAUCUUUUCAAGAAACGAUUAAGAAGACUAUGGAGCGCAUGCAGAACAGCGGAGAUCAAGCUACGGCUGCCGCCGCAUCAGACGGUACAGAUGAUAUCCUCGCCCAAAUGAUGAAAGCCAUGGAGUCUGGAGGGCUGGAUGGUGAGGGCGGCGAAGAAGAGUUCUCGAAGAUGCUGCUGGGUAUGAUGGAGCAGUUGACAAAUAAGGAGAUUCUGUAUGAGCCAAUGAAGGAGCUAGAUGACAAGUUCCCAGCAUGGAUGAAGGAGAAUGACGGAAAGGUAGAUGCGGCGGAUAUGAAGAGGUACAAGGAGCAGCAGGUCUACGUUAGCGAGAUUGUGAAGAGAUUCGAGACGAAGACAUAUACGGAUGAUAAUUCGAAGGAUCGAGAGUAUAUCGUGGAGAGGAUGCAAAAGAUGCAAGCAGCUGGCUCUCCACCUCCAGACUUGGUGGGCGAUAUGGCAGCAGCACAGGAAGCAUUUGGAGCUCCUGAAGAAGGCUGUCCGACACAAUGAAGAAGCCUU